AAUUUUCCAUUCCGUUCGACUCCCGUUCUCAACUUGAAUCCCAACAUCACCAGCCUUUGGGGCAUCGUCGUCGUAGGUAAGCCUAUUUAAUAUUCAGAAUACAAGCUGGUUGUAGCUGGUUGUCUUAGCUGAUCCACUUCUGUUGAAACUCUGCAGAGUUUUGAACUUUCCAAAUAUUGUGGUUCACCAUGCAUCAGUCUCUGCUCAUUGACGAGAUUCUUUCUCUCAUCAUUCAGUUCGUCGCUACCGAUGGUCAGCGAGACCCGAAGCGCUUGGAAAAUACAAGCAGCCUUGCUAGGCUAGCUCGUACAUGCCGUUGCUUUAUGGAAUGUGCUCUUGACACCCUCUGGCGAACUCAGCAUUCGUUGAGUCCUCUCAUCAUGUGCUUGCCAAGAGGCACUUGGGACAUUCAUUCCGGCAAUAUACUUUAUCUCACGAGACCGCCUGCUGGAUCUGAGUGGGCACGAUUUGACGUGUAUUCACGUCGUGUGAAGAGUUUUUCAUACCCAAAGCAAACGAAAAUGAUCAGACUACACGAGGACGCGCUCCCACUCCUUUUUGCUGAACGCCCUCCACAGUCCCUAUUCCCGUCACUUUCCUCGCUCGACUUCUCCAUCUUGCCAUGCAAUUCCUCCAACUUCACAUUAAUCCGAGACUUUCUCUCCCCAAAACUGACAAACCUCGCAUUCACUCUCCCUCGAAAGAUGUGUCCUCAGGGCAUUUGCGGGGUAUUAGAAGAUCUUCCUCAGAAGGCUACCCACCUCGAAAACCUCACGAUUUUAUCGUUCUUUCCAGUGGCGCCAUUUGAAUUGAACAUUCUGACCCAUGGACUACCAGACUUACGUCGGUUGGUCGUCUCUAGCUCUAUUCGUAUAUCUACACAGAGCGUGCUGAAUAUCGCAUCACUUCGUCAUGUUCAAGAACUCGCCUUGAAUCUUCACCCUGAUUUCAAAAUCGACGUACUACGCGAUAAGGCAAAUAAUAGUACCUUCCCCUCUCUCCAGCGUCUCAGUCUCACGGCAUACGACCUUCCCCAGUGUACAUCUAUCGUAUCGCUUAUAUCCUUACCACAGCUAGAGGAUGUUUCCGUCUCCUACGACGUCCAAGCACAAUCUUCCGCCAUCACUUCAUUCUUGAGUGCCAUCGGCACGUCUAUUCGUUCAAUUUCUCUCCGACACAAUAUGCGAGCUAACACAAUUGCCGACACUCCUUUUGUUUUCUAUCCAUCCACAUUUGCACCGCUAUUCGCUUGCCGCAAUCUCCGCACUAUCCAAGUAUACAAUCUUGGUACACUCGAUUUAGAUGAUAAAUUCAUCAUUGCAGCAGCUAAAGCCUGGAGCAAACUCGAGGACAUUCGACUCUGCAGCUUACCUUGGUCCUCCAUAAUCCCCAGCAUCAGUUUGAACGCCUUGACAGCGUUGACCCAAUGCUGUCCACAGCUCACCCGUGUGCAACUGUCCUUGGAUGCAAGGGAAAUCCCCGAAAUACCGAUCGGCAGUCUCAGUACGGUUGGUGCUCAGUUCCUGGAGGUGCUCAACAUCCGGGAUUCGGUUAUUGGGCACACUGAACUUGUCGCGCAAUUUUUGCGGGCGACCAUACCGAAUAUGAAGACUUUGUAUGUUGAAGCACAUCCAGAACUGAGGGAUAAAUGGAUGGAAGUGAAGGCCUACUAUGACCGGUUGUCAGUGGUGCAUAUACAGAAUGGGUCAUAAACAGUCGCUCAUAGAACUAGUCGCGCAUUAUUUUGGUAGAGUUUGUUCUUGGUAACUUAGGUGGAGUAAAGUAUUACAU